GGGGGUAAACACCAGGGCUUUUUUCUUCAUUUUAUUUCUUUUCAUGCCCCACCUUCCUCCUGCGGUGCGUGCUGAAUUUUCCUUUUAUCGCGAGAAGGGUCCAGCCAUCCCUUUCCCUCGUCAACGGUGCUGACGUCGAAGUUUGGUACUCACGAGAGCUUGUCAGCUAUAUUUCGCUUUCACAUUUCGUCAAGAUCAAAGUAGAAGAAGCAGCAGCAGCAGAGCGCCCCGCAACACAGAGCGAGGGCAUGCCUUCCGAAGGAGGCGGCACCCGGCUGGAGAGGCCGGCUGGCUCGGAGUCAAGCCCGCGACCCGAAGACCAGCCCCGAUCGCCGGCGGACGUCAGCCUCAUCGACACCCUCGCGCGGGCCUUGCAGAGGGUCAAGAUAAAACCGGAGGAGGAACACAGGGAAGUCCCAACCCCUAAAGAAACAAUAUGUAUUAGCCCAGGGAAGACGGAUGCGAAUAUCUCGGCAUUGAGGGUGGAGCAUGGGACGGAAGCUGUAGAUCGGGCGGUUAAGGCUUGGCAUAAUUAUAUCCAAGGGAAGACGGAUGCGAAUAUCUCGGCAUUGAGGGUGGAGCAUGGGACGGAAGCUGUAGAUCGGGCGGUUAAGGCUUGGCAUAAUUAUAUCCAAGAAACGGACAAGUUGGAGUGGCAGGGGCAGUGGUACUCGUUGAAGCAGCAAGUAGGGGAGGAGCCCCGGCGCUAUCUCACAAGAGCAUCAGUACUUCGCCAGAAACUAGAAGCGUACGGUUGGGUGCAAUCCGAUCAUGAUGCUAACGUCCACUAUGUACGCAACCUUCUGCCCGAUUUCAAUUUGCAGAGGACCGUUUUGUUGGCGCAUUCGGAGGUCAAGACGGAAUUGGUAGGGAAGGUGAUUCUGACUGCCUGGGCGGAGACGGAGGCCGCUACGAAGAGGGCGUCGGAGAGCGUUGGGGCGUAUGCCCUCAACACUGGCGGUGAUAACCGUGGCGGCGGGGGCGAGAACAUGGGGGAUAGGGGGAAGACGAGAGGACAACGGAGGACGGCAGCGCGGCAACAGUAG